AUGUUACAAAGACAUUCUUUGAAAUUGGGGAAAUUCUCCAUCAGAACUCUCGCCACUGGUGCUCCAUUGGAUGCAUCUAAAUUAAAAAUCACCAGAAACCCAAAUCCAUCCAAGCCAAGACCAAAUGAGGAAUUAGUGUUUGGCCAAACAUUCACCGAUCACAUGUUGACCAUUCCUUGGUCAGCCAAAGAAGGGUGGGGUACUCCACACAUCAAACCUUAUGGUAAUCUUUCUCUCGACCCAUCUGCUUGUGUGUUCCAUUAUGCAUUUGAGUUAUUUGAGGGUUUGAAAGCCUACAGAACUCCUCAAAAUACCAUCACUAUGUUCCGUCCGGAUAAGAACAUGACUCGUAUGAACAAGUCGGCCGCUAGAAUUUGUUUACCAACCUUCGAAUCUGAGGAAUUAAUCAAGCUUACCGGUAAAUUAAUCGAGCAAGAUAAGCACUUGGUUCCUCAAGGAAAUGGUUACUCAUUAUACAUUAGACCAACAAUGAUUGGUACAUCCAAAGGUUUAGGUGUUGGUACUCCUUCCGAGGCUCUUCUUUACGUUAUCACAUCUCCAGUUGGUCCUUAUUACAAGACUGGUUUCAAAGCUGUACGUCUUGAAGCGACAGACUAUGCUACAAGAGCUUGGCCAGGUGGUGUUGGUGACAAGAAGUUGGGUGCUAACUAUGCCCCAUGCAUUUUACCUCAAUUACAAGCUGCCGAAAGAGGAUACCAACAAAACCUAUGGCUGUUCGGACCAGAAAAGAACAUCACUGAGGUCGGUACCAUGAACGUGUUCUUCGUAUUCCUCAACAAAGUUACUGGGAAGAAAGAGUUGGUUACUGCUCCAUUGGACGGUACUAUUUUAGAAGGUGUUACCAGAGACUCUGUCUUAACUUUGGCUCGUGACAAACUAGAUCCUCAAGAGUGGGACAUCAACGAACGUUAUUACACCAUUACUGAGGUCGCUACUAGGGCACAACAAGGUGAGCUACUGGAAGCCUUUGGUUCCGGUACUGCUGCUGUCGUCUCCCCUAUCAAGGAAAUCGGCUGGAACAACGAAGAUAUCCAUGUUCCAUUAUUGCCUGGUGAACAAUGUGGUGCAUUGACCAAGCAAGUCGCCCAAUGGAUUGCUGAUAUUCAAUACGGUAGAGUCAAUUAUGGCAACUGGUCCAAGACUGUUGCCGACUUGAAUUAA